UUAUUACUAUAUAUUUAUAUAUUAUGGUUGCAUAGAUUGAAAGAGUGUGUUGUUGUGUUGAGACAUUUUUUAUUUUUGCAAUUAAAAUGAAAACGGGGAAGGUGGCGACGGUGAUCGGAGCUGCGACGGCGUGCGCGGUGGCGGCGGUGGUGGUGCAGCGGUACGUGAAGAAAUCACGGCGAUGGGGGAGAGUAAUGGCGAUAUUGAAGGAGUUGGAGGAGAAGUGCGCCACGCCGAUGUGGAAGCUCAGGCAGGUUGCCGAUGCCAUGACGGUGGAGAUGCAUGCCGGUCUUGCUUCUGAAGGUGGUAGCAAGCUCAAGAUGCUUAUCACUUACGUUGAUAAUCUACCAACCGGCAAUGAGGAAGGGCUAUUUUAUGCAUUGGACCUUGGAGGGACAAACUUUCGAGUGUUACGCGUGCAACUGGGAGGCAAGGAUGGUGGUAUUGUCAGUCAAGAUUUUACUGAGGUUUCAAUUCCUCCUAAUUUGAUGGUUGGGACAUCAGAUGAACUCUUCGAUUAUAUUGCUGCAGAACUUGCGAAAUUUGUUGCCCAAGAAGAUCAAAAGUUUCAAGUUCCUCCUGGUGGACGGAGAGAACUAGGUUUUACCUUUUCAUUUCCUGUCAUGCAAACGUCAAUUACUUCUGGGAACCUUAUCAAGUGGACAAAAGGCUUCAACAUAGAUGAUGCAGUUGGCAAGGAUGUUGUGGCAGCACUGACAGAAGCCAUUCAGAGACAAGGCCUUGAUAUGCGUGUAACAGCUUUGGUCAAUGAUACAGUUGGGACAUUAGCUGGAGGUCGAUACACAAACAAGGAUGUUAUCGCGGCUGUUAUUUUAGGCACUGGAACAAAUGCGGCAUAUGUGGAACGUGCUCAGGCAAUACCAAAAUGGCAUGGUACUUUGCCCAAGACCGGAGAGAUGGUUAUCAAUAUGGAAUGGGGAAACUUCAGGUCGUCACACCUUCCAUUAACUGAGUAUGAUUCUUCAUUAGAUGCUGAGAGUUUAAACCCCGGUGAACAGAUUUUUGAGAAGAUAAUUUCUGGGAUGUACUUGGGAGAAAUUGUUCGUAGAGUUCUGUGCAAAAUGGCUGAAGAAGCUUUAAUUUUUGGUGACACGGUUCCUUCAAAACUGAAAGUUCCAUUCAUAUUAAGGACACCUGACAUGUCUGCAAUGCAUCAUGACUCAUCUGCUGAUCUCAGUGUGGUUGGAAGCAAACUGAAGAGCAUUUUGGAGAUACCUGGUACCCCUCUGGAAGUGAGGAAGGUGGUUGUUGAGCUUUGCAAUAUUAUUGCUACCCGCGGUGCUCGUCUUUCUGCUGCUGGCAUCUUCGGUAUCCUGAAGAAGUUGGGAAAAGACACCAUCAGUGAUGUUGAGGGUCAGAAGAAUGUGAUAGCCAUGGAUGGUGGGUUGUAUGAACAUUACUCUGAGUAUAGCCAGUGCCUGGAGAAUACCCUUCAUGAGUUGGUUGGUGAAGAUGUCUCAAAAAGCGUUGUGAUUGAGCACUCCAAUGAUGGUUCAGGAAUCGGUGCUGCUCUUCUUGCUGCCUCUCAUUCCCAGUACCUUGAAGGUUAAUACUAAUGAUCAUCAUAUUGGGGGUUUGUAUCAAUUCUUUUUGUGGAGGUCAAUACCAAUCCGUUUAAGCCCAUUUUUGCUAUAUUUGCUUGGUUCCAUUUCUCUUCAUAUAUUUCAUUCUUUGAGAAGAAUCCUGCAAUUCUCUCCUGUGGUGUAAGCCUCAAUUCACAUCAUAUUUCACACCACCUGUGUCUACAUUGUUGUUAGGAUAGGAUUUCUUUUGUGACUAAAUUAUUCGAUUAUUUUCAAGAAGUUAUAGUGGUAGUUGGAUUUUUUUUUUGGUCGAAUAGUUGGAUCAAAUAUGCUAUGUGAUGAUACACUGGUUUCUCAAGGUUAAUUGAUGGUCCAUUUCGGCCUUCAAAUGCUA